AGGUAAGACAGCCAGUAUGGCGGAAGAGGAGAGUGAAGUGGAGUUAGACAGGUUAAAAGAAGAAUUAGAGAGUUUGCUGGUUGCCAGUGCGCGCGACGAACAUGGACAUAUAAGCAAGUCCUACUGUGCAAAGUUCUGUAAGCUUGUUGAGGAGCACACGGGACGAUGGCAGGUGCCUCUCCCCCAGCUGCAGGUUCUCCGCUGGGCGCUCUGCUCCUUCGUGCGAGGAACCGCCUCCUUCCCUGCAGAUUGCGAACACGUGCGCUACACCCUCAGUUCCCUGGCUCUGAGUGUGUUUGAGUUGCUGCUGUUCUUCGGGAAAGAUGAGUUCCCUGAAGACCCUUUGAAAGGCAUUCUGGACUCAUUUCAGGAGUGCCAGGCAUGUCUGGUGCGGCAUCAGAACGUCUACCUGCUGCAGCUGAGGCAGAUCAUCAGAGAUGGUGGCCCUUGGGCUGGAGCAGUGCUGCAGGGCAUUCUCAAGGGGGCGCCACAGGCAACAGAGGAGGUGAGCAGGUUCCUUGGCUCGGAGGCUUGCGUGUUCCUGGAGCUGCGUGUGCGCUACCUGCUGGUGUGUGAGCGCGUGGAUGAGGCCAUGGCUCUGGCCAAAGCCUGCAGUCAGCACCCCACUGCCGGACGACACCUGUUCUUCCUGCAGGCCUACCUCACCUGCUUGUGGAAGGCCUCGUUCCACGACCGCCUGCACACACAGAUGUCUGUGAUUGACGGCAAGGAUGCGGUGGAGAUCAUCUGUGGCUGUGAGGGGGAGGAGGACGAUGAGCUGCUGCUGUCACUCAGCCGAGGCUUCCUGAGCCAGCAGCUACGCAGUGGAGACAUGUUCAACCUGUGGGAUCUGGUGUUCGUGUGGAGUAAGCUGCAGCUCCGAGCCAACCCAUCUACUGAGGACUUCCUGCAGCAAUGCCAGCAGCUCAUCUUCACCACUACCAACAUCCGCACCGUCUUCCCCUUCAUCAAGAUCAUCCUGGCAGAGGUGGGGAAGUGUGGCCUGAGGUUCUGCGUGGAGCUUUGCGCGUGGGCACUGGAGUCGGACCUGCAGAGUGACCUGGUCACCAAGUCGCUGCUCUACAAGACCGUGGCCUUCCUGCUGCCGGCGGACCUGGAGGUGUGUCGCGUGUGCGCGCUGCUCGUGUUCUUCCUGGAGCGCACGGUGGAGUCCUACAAGACGGUGUCGCUGCUCUACACGCACCCCGACGUGGAGUACAGCGCCGACGCCAGCCCCGUGGGCAACCACGUGCGCUUCGAGGUGCUCCAGAUCCUCAAGAAGGGGCUCUACUUCGACCCCGAGUUCUGGAACCUUCUGACGCUGCGCACCACCUGCGCCAGCCUGCUGAGCGACCCGCUGGCCAAAGCCGAGCUGACGGAGAUCCUGGUCGAGGAGCCCUGGGCGCCCACCUGCUGCGUGCGCGAGCCGUGCGAGUGCCAACUCGACCCGCCGGACGCCAGCGACGCCGCCGCCCUGACGCCGCCGCCGCAGCCUGCCAGCGAGCAGAGGAGACCGGCGGUCACCGUGGCGGCAGAGAGACCCCGAGUCCCGGGGCGAGAGGCGCCCUGCAGGGCGCCGGGGGAAGGGAAGCGAAGGGGGAGGAAGCCGGGCAGCAAGCUAGUAGUGGACACCUCGUCGGAGCGGCGGCGCUCCUUCCGGCAGCUGGACAUGGCGCAGCAGAACAUGGCGCGGCAGGUGGGCAGCGGCACGCUGUCGCGGCAGCAGCGGGUGCUCUCGCGCCAGGGCGACCGGCGCGGCUGGAAGCGGCGGGGGAGGAAGCCCCGCUGGCUGCUGGAGGAGGAGGCGGCGGCGCAGGCGGAGAACAGCGCGCCGGGGGUGCGGGGCCGCCGGCCGGGCAGGAAGCCGGGUCGGAGGACGCAGACGCCCCCGGGGCAGAUGAGGACGUACGAGCGGAACCGGAGCCUGGCGGCGCAGAUCCAGGGGCUCGGCGACUGGCUGGACGCCGCUCCGCCACACGGGCAGAGCCAAAUGCUGGUGCUCUCUCUGCCCGACAACGAGCUGGCGGACACGUGGACGACCGAAUCCCCAUCCUCACCUGUGCCCAGGUGCGUCCCGGAGCGCUGCGAGAAGGUCGGUCGAGCGGCGGAGGACUCGUCGCUCCGGCGACUCCUGCAGAUGUUCUCGGAGAGCGGCGCCGAAGGGUCCUUUCAGACGCACAACCCGCUGGCCGCCGUCCGGCAGUUUCACAGCUACGCCAAAGCUCACCAGGAGCAGGGCGUGCAGCUGGACGCCGAGCCGGAGGCCGAGCCGACCCUCGAGCUCGCCGAGAGGCGCGAGACCCCGGCGGCCGCCUCCGAGCCUCAGGUGGUGGAGGUGGUGGAAGUGGAGGUGGCCACGUUCCCCUCCGCCGAGCCAGGGGACGCGUCUGCCUCCGCACCCUUAGAUGGCGCUGAGAAGCUGAGCCAGACAGCCGCUACCGAAGAAAUUAGACUGAUAACUGAGCCAAAGGUCACUGCAGAGGAUGAUUUCGUCCUAGACGGCGUCCGAGACCACAAAGGUGACCGUAGCUAUGGCAACAACCGCCUGGACAGGUGUGAUGCUCUCAGGCAUCCGGCCGGCCCUGUUGCUGCGGCAAAUAGUGUGAUGGCGGCUCAGAUGGUUCCGGUCUCGAUCUUCCAUAAGUUAACCCCGCCCAUCUGCGUGGUCGAGCCUCCAGCUAUCAGAGAGUCCGAGGCGGCAGGCCAGGCAGUAGAUCGGACACCAGACGGGACGCCACAGAGGCCGCAGCAGACACCGCUGGUCAGGACCCCUACGAAGUCCGAGCCGUCCCACACGAACACGCUGCAGGCCCCUGGACGCCCCUUUCCUCCUGCGCUGCAAGAGAUGCCGCCCUGUGUCACUCCAGCGUCUACCCUGGCACCCUGUGCCACCCCAGCGUCUGCCCUGGUACCUGCCCCUGCCCCACAGCCUGAGUUGCCGCCACCACCACCACUGCAAAAGAUGGCUCCGCAGCCUCCGCGCUCAGCGCCAGAGCCCUACCCCAGAGAGGCGGCUCCACUGACCAGUGGCCAGCUGACCGCCACAGCGACGGAGACUCCCGAGCUGAAGGCCUUCGCGUCUCCCGCCGCUCCGCAGCAACACACACCUGCUCAGGCGACGCCGGAGCAACACACACCUGCCGAGACGAACGUAGUGCAACACACACCGGCUCAGACAGCGCUGCCGAGUGCCGCGCCCGGGACCGUACCACCUGAAGCACCCGUGCCCGCCUCACCCUCCGUGCCCGAAUCCCCCGUGCUCGUCCACUGCUGCCGUCUGUGUGAUAAAGUCUUCAAGGGCGGCAACAUCAUGCGACACGCGUACUCCCAUUACCGGGGUAAUCAGCUGCUGUCCGCGGGCAAGUGCAUGUUCUGCGAAGAGCCCCCUGCGGACCCGGACGAGGCCUACGAGCACUUCUCGCGCCACGUGGAACAGAUUCGCUCGGAGCCUCAGCCCGUGCUGCCGAAGGCCCGCGAGAACGGCACCGCUCACGACCAGCGCCCCGCGCUCAGGACUCUGGCCCCCACCGGGGGUCCCCGGGGAAGGCCCCGUAAGAGGAAACACCACUGGUGGACGCGGACGUCCGUCAUCCCCGCGGAGGAGGAGCCGCCCGAGGGAGCGGACGUCACGCAGCCCAACAGCAAACAUCACCCGCCGCGGCCCAACGGGAAGUUCAGGUGGAAGAAGCGGCGCAUGCAACAGGAGUCGGAGGACGGCUCUGUUCGGAGGGGACGGCGUCCGCUACGGCCGAGGGUGAAAGCUGGCGUUCGAGACGGACGAAGGGGAAGGAAGAGGGUGAAGGGCGACGAAGGCCCCGCCUCCUCUGAGAGCCUGGGGAACAUCACAGGCGAGGGGGGCGUGGCCUCACAGCCGCCACCAGGAGAACAGCCUGUUACAGCCAAACCAACCAAACCAAUCAAACCAAUCAAACAAACAGACAAACAUGCAAACAAGCAAACUAACAAGCAAACUAACAAGCAAAUCAACAAACAACUGGACAAACAAACCAACAAACAACCAAACAAAGUCAAACGUAAAAAAGCACAGAAGCCCCUGGAGAAGGCCGGGCCCCCAACGGUUCAGAGCAGCCAGACGGAGGGGGCUGUGCAGGAGGCCGGGCCGGUGAAGCCCAGCGAGAGCUCGGGCCCGGUACCGGGGCAUACGAGCGAUCCGCUGUGCCAGCCAGACCUGGUGGCGUGCCCGGUGGAGUGGUGCCAGCUGCAUCUACGGAGCCGCGGGUCGACGGUGCUGGGCCACCUGCUUCAGGACCACCCGGCCGAGAGCGCGGCGUUCCGCUCGGCCUUCGAGACCGCGGACGGCCGCUGCACGUACUGCUCGCGCCGCUUCAACUCCUUCCAGCACUUCCACGACCACGUGGGGCGCCACUGCCACGCCAGCCUGCGCCACCCUUGCCCCCACCAGGGCUGCCCGGAGGCCUUCCAGCGCCUGGGGGACAUGCGCGAGCACGUGAAGGAGAGGCACAUGCACGCGCUGCGCAUGCAGUGCUGCUUCGCCGGCUGCACGCACACCGCACACACCAGCAUGGAGCUGCACCGGCACGAGCGGAAGCACUACGUCCAGACCCCGCGCCAGCGACGUCCCCGGGUCAUGCCGCAGAACGGGGAGGUACGGGUCACCGCAAAAAGCAUGCCGCCUCCUCUCUCGGCUACUGCCGUGCCACUUGCUGUAUCGGGUAGUGCCGUGCUGCCCCCUGUCCAGGGCAAUGCCAGGCCACCUCUUCUCCCGAGCGCCGGGGCACCCCCACAAGAUCAGGUGCCAGCUGCGGCAGAUUUGGAGCGGAAGACGGUUUCCCUCAACCCAGUGGGAACGGACAGCAUGAACUCUGGCGGGGAGAAUAAGGGGAGCGUGGCAUCUCUGGUGCCCGGCAGUCCUCAGGGCCUAGUGAACGGGCACAGCAGUAAGGCGGCGGAUUCGAGUCCGGGUGCAGGCGCAGUCGCCGGGCCGAAGGCAGAGCCGGAGGUUCCGCUGGCGUCGCCGUAUGGCAGCGUGGGCCACAAGCCCUUUGUGCGCCCGCUGCCCUGCGCUUACCUGGACGAGAGGUACACCAGCAUGCCCAAGCGGCGGAAGGACGCGCCGGUGACAAUCGUGCGGCCGGUGGCGGCGGCGGUGGCGGAGGCGGCGGCCGUGGUGGAGGCGGUUGCGAGCGGCGGCGCCAGCGGUGUCAGUGCAGCUCCGCCUCAGAGGCAGCGCUGCUCUCGGUGCUUCAUCUCAUUGGCCAGCGCCGACGAGCUGCAAGAGCACCUCAAGAAGUGCUCCGCCCUCUUUGGCUUCGACUCAGACGAGGAAGGUGGCUGGUGAAGGGGAAACAAGGGAAGCUGUGAGAUACCCGUGAAACCUGGAGGAGACGCCUGAGAGUCUCUCUGGGAGCCCUCCAUGGGACCUCCGGGAGAGAUGAACCCUAACCCUCCCUCUGGGAGUCGCCUGGGAGAGAUUAUGCCCUGAUUCUGAUUCAGGGGUGGGGAGCAGAGAUUCUAGCUGACACUGAAUGACUCCAGGUCUUAUGACUCCAACCUCAUAUCGCCAGACUGAAUUAUGGAUAUGUAUGGAAGGACUUGCCUCUCUCACAGAGUGACUGCUAGGUAGCAUUCAUCAUUGUUGCUAAUCACUACACCUAUUUUACUGAUUUUUUUUUAAUAUAUCAAAUGGAAGUGUCUGGCCAAAGUACUUCAAGUUCAGACUGGACACACAUGAACAUACAUACAACCCUGGGUAGUUCAGGGUAGAUCAGCUUAACAUUUGUCCCUACAGUACAUCAGAAUUUUUUUUUUUUUUUUUUUUUAGUGGCCAGCCUCUCGUACCAAAUGUACCAUAGCCAGAGCCCUUGUCCCUGUACUUGGAGGAAAGGCUCUAAUGACCGCUCUGGGUAGAGUCUUCCUGGACCUUAGUGCCCGCUCCUGGUGCAGUCGUCCAUGAUGCCUUGAAACAUGAUUGUGAGAAGGGAGCCGUAAUAAACUCUUGAGUCCUCCCUGGCGGUGGCCCUGGAUGCCUGGACCCAGCGCCGUCUGAGCUGGAAGAGCUCCAUAGAGGAGACAUUUGCACUGAUGUUUUUCGGUUUUUGUCUUUUUACUGUUUUGUUUUUAAUAACACUCAUCCUAUAGUCUGACCCCCCAUACACACACACACACACACACACACACACACUCUGUACAGACACACAUACACACACACACACACACACACACACACUCACUCACCUACUCUGAGUCUACCCCCAGACACCUACAACCACUUCUUCACUUCAUUAUUAAUUUGUGAAUGUCUGCACAUCCCAAGUACCCACCCACAAGUUGUUUUACUCAUCAAUUUUAUUAUCAAAUGAUCAGAAUGGUCAUUAUUUCAGUUUGAGUCACAGUUCUCUGGUGCUCAUGUCUUUAAAGUUCUGACUGUGAGUGUGUGGUGGGGAAUGGGGCAGGGUCAUGGACUCCGCAUCAGAAGCAGGUGCACAGGUUUUUAGCAACACUCUUGAAAAGGACUAGCCUUCAGCUGUGUGCCAUUUUCUUUGUACAGUCUCUGAAGAUGGUGGUCAGCGACUAGCCUUGUUGUAUAGGUCCUUUGUAAAGGAAAUUAAGUUUAAAAAGAGCUGUAAAGAUGUUUGAUCCGAUAAUAACAGCUUUAUUUAAUUUAUUCAUAUUCUUUUUUUAUUCUUAACUAUGUAAAAUAAAUGGAGAGUUUGUAUGGCGUAUGAUUGGAGGGGAGGGUUUAUAUAAGACAUUUUUGUCAAAAUAAUAAAGCUCAUAUUUGGA